CAAGUCGGGGGAGCAAAACAACAACAAACCGAAACAUGUGCGAUUUUCAAGUCCCAAAAACAGUCUAAAACACUAUAAAAGAAGAAAAAAGAAGUAGAUUUUAAAGUCCGGAAGUCUAAAACACUAUAAAAAGAAGACAAGAUCACCUUAUCAGGAUGGAAAACAUAGUUUCACUUAGGAAUAUACCAUGGUUAAUGGAAGAACCAUUAGACCUGAGAGAAUACUUCGAGGACUAUCAUAGACUUCUUGACAAAACUACCAACACUGAUCAUCAAAGGGUUGGUAGUGAAAAUGCUGUAUUAGAUUUCUUGAACCUGCCUGAACAGAAACCAGAUCCUGGUGGCAUUGGUAAUAAUGUCAACAAUCAGAAAUUGUUGGAGGAAUGUAGUGUUGAUCUGCUGAGUGUGGCUGAUGAACUGACACCUGCAGAGCCAGUGACAAAGCAUUCUAUUCAGACAGGCCGCAUAGUCAGCUGGUUUGCUGGAGCCUUUCCAGUGGGGUCAUCCCAGCAAGGACAGAGGGAAAAGCUGAAGACAUUAAAGGCUCAAACAACCAUGAAUUACAUCUACGUGAAACAGUGCCAGAUUACGCACGGCUUCGACACAGGCUGCUGA